CGUCACCACUCCUCAGUCUGGGAACCGGAGGAGAGAGCGGACCUGUUUCUGUCAGAGCCCCUGACUGGGACAGCAGAGAGAGAGAGAGAGAGAGGGAGACAGUCUUGUCUCUCAACAGAUUGAAAUUAUACAGAGUCUGUUUGUGUCCGAGAUGACUUGGAGCUGUUUGUGGACGACUGGGCUGCUUCUCCUCACCGUAAACCCGAAGGUUGCUGUGUGGGCCGGCGACAGGGAGGCGGUGUUCAUCAGGGAGUACACUUUGAUUCGGCGAGAUCAUCUUUCUGAAGAACCUCCUCAAAAACCGGAAGACCUGAGCUCACGGACGGUCCGAUCAGAAGAAGACCGGGACACGCUGUGGGACGCCUGGGGCUCAUGGAGUGAAUGCUCACGUACCUGUGGCGGUGGAGCCUCCUACUCCCUCAGACGAUGCUUAAGCUCCAAGACUUGUGAAGGGCAGAAUAUCAAAUAUCGCACAUGCAGUAAUGUGGACUGCUCUCCAGAUGCUGGGGACUUCCGGGCUCAGCAAUGUUCAGCACAUGCAGAUGUGCGAUACCAAGGUCAGUUGCACGACUGGCUGCCGGUCUACAAUGAUCCAGACGACCCUUGCUCUCUCAAGUGUAAAGCUAAUGAUUCGGGCCUUGUGGUGGAGCUGGCGCCUAAAGUGUUGGAUGGGACACGCUGUUACACCGAGUCCUUGGACAUGUGCAUCAGUGGAGUCUGCCAGAUUGUCGGCUGUGAUCAUGAACUGGGGAGCUCAGUGAAGGAGGACAACUGUGGCAUCUGCAGCGGAGAUGGCUCAUCCUGCAGACUUGUGCGAGGACAUUACAAAUCCCAGCAUGCUACGGGGAAAGCUGAAGACACGGUGGUCGUCAUUCCCUUUAAGAGUCGUCAUGUCCGCCUGGUUCUGAAAGGCCCGGAUCACUUGUACGUGGAGAGUAAGACUCUACAGGGGGUGAGAACUGAACUGAUGCUGGACCAGUCGGGUCAGUACCACCUAGAAAACACCACUUUGGACUACCAGAAGCUUUCUGAUAAGGAGGUCCUCAGAGUCACUGGUCCUCUUGGAGCUGACUUCACUAUCAAAGUACAGUUUGCCAGAGGAGCCGACAGCGUUGUCCAAUACAUUUACUACCAGCCCAUCAUUCACCGCUGGAGGGAGACUGACUUCUUCCCUUGCUCUGUCACAUGUGGCGGAGGUUACCAGUUAACCUCUGCAGAGUGCUUUGACCUACGGACUGGUCGGGUGGUUGUGGACCAGUACUGUCAUUACUAUCCAGAGAACGUCAAACCAAAGCCUAAACUGCAGGAAUGCAACAUGGAGCCCUGCUUGGACAGUGAUGGUUACAAGGAAAUUAUGCCAUACGACCACUACCACCCCUUACCUAGGUGGGAGAGCAGUCCCUGGACGACUUGCUCCUCUUCCUGCGGCGGUGGCAUCCAGAGUCGCUCUGUGACAUGUGUAGAGGAGGACAUGCAGGGGAACAUCACUCCCACAGAUGAGUGGAAGUGUCACUACUCUCCCAAGACCGCCAUCCUGCAGCCCUGCAACACAUUCGACUGCCCCACCUGGCUGGCUCAGGAGUGGUCCCCUUGCACGGUGACCUGUGGUCAGGGUCUGCGCUACAGAGUGGUGCUGUGCAUCGAUCAUCGAGGACUCCACGCCGGAGGAUGCAGCCCCACCACCAAACCCCACAUCAAGGAGGAGUGUCUGGUUACAGUACCCUGCUACAAGUCCAUAGACACGCUGCCUGUUGAGGCGAAACCUGUGUGGCACAAGCAGGCAAUAGAGCUGGAGGAGGAAGUAACCGUAACCGAGGAACCAACCUUCGUCCCCGGCUCCUGGCAGCUCUGCAGCAGGACGUGUGGCGUGGGAACGCAGCGGCGGACCGUCACAUGUCAGGUGUUGCUGUCCUUCUCCCAAGCCGUCGUUGACCUGCCCGAUGACGACUGCGAGGGGAACCGACCUGUCGCGGUCCAGCCGUGCUACAACAAACCCUGCUCGGGAGGACCGGGCCAUGGAGGUGAAGGUAAAGACGAGGAGACCACGCCACAGGGAAGGGACCUCCAUGACUGGGAGUACGAGGGGUUUACGGAGUGCUCAGAGAGCUGCGGUGGAGGUGUGCAGGAAGCCGUGGUGGUUUGUCUGAACAAGCAAACCAGGGGACCAGCGGACCAAAGCCGGUGCCAGAGCUCCCCGCCGCCCCCACAACUCCUCCAGCACUGUAACAGCCAGCCCUGCCCGCCGAGGUGGAAGACUGGGGAGUGGAGUUCAUGCUCUGCUACCUGUGGGGUUGGUCUGAUGACCCGCACUGUGGCGUGCACUCAUCGCCCUUCUCGAGACAGCAACUACACGGCGGUUUUGAAGGAUGAGGACUGUCUGAACCCCAAACCAAACCCUUUCCAAGCCUGCAACCGCUUUGACUGUCCUCCCAUGUGGGAUGCACGUGACUGGGGGGAGUGCUCACAGACCUGUGGAGGUGGAGUUCAGAGGAGGCGGGUGUCGUGCAAACAGAGUUUGGCAGAUGGCAGCAUCUUGGAGCUACCUGACUCAUUUUGUCCAUCACCUAGCCCUGCAAAUCUAAGUUUGUGUGGUAGGCAGGAUUGUCCACCUCAGUGGGUCACAACUGACUGGUCUCAGUGUUCAGUAAGCUGUGGAAAUGGUAUUCAGACUCUUCAAGCUGUAUGCAAGAAACAAGGAGAGAGUGGGCAAUAUCGGACCAUCAACCCGAGGAACUGUUCUAUGAUGGCCCGUCCCAUCAGAAUCCGGCAAUGCUCUCUUAAGUUAUGUCAAAAUUCACUGAAGCCCAAUCCUACCAUUCUGACCCAAAGGAAGGUGUACAUUCAGUGGAGAAAGGUCAAAAAGGUACAGCUGGUUAUUGGUGGUUAUGCUUACCUCCUGCCGUGGACAACUGUAAUCCUUCGCUGCCCAACCCAACACUUCCGGAAAGGCCACGUUCAGUGGCUUAAAGAUGGGAAGCCUCUGGUGAACCUCCCACAUUUUUUCAUAAAAUCACAAGGAUACUUAAAGAUUCAGCACGCUCAUAUAUCUGAUACUGGGAUUUACACAUGCACCAUAGGCCAGGCGCGAGAACAUUUUGUUCUGCAGAUUGUUGGCAACAAGCAAAAGCUGACUGUUCCAGACUCCUGGCUACUUGAAAGUGGUCGACAAAAGGCUAAGCGUCCAGUAACCACCUCAACCAAAGAAUCAUCUAUGGAGCUACCCAUCUCCCUCAACAAAUAUGACGAUAUUGUAGAGCACUUGCUUAAGCUUAAAGGAUCUAUACACAAUGAAAAAUAUCUUGCUGACAAACCUUACUCGAGGGAGAAGGACAGGGUGACUCUUGAGGAUGAAGUUACAAAAUCUUCAAUCCCAGUUGUUCUUGUUAUUGACAGCCACAAGCUAGAUGAGCUCAUGCACAACCUUUCUGAAGGAUUUAGAGGACCACAAGAAGAACCGCUUCUUAAGUUGCUUAGUGAAUCCACCAACCACUCACUGGACAGCGCAGAAGCUUCUACACAAGGAUUACUCCUUUACAAGCUGAACCUCAAAACCCACACAUCCAGGGCUAGAAAACCAGUGAUUAUCCAGCGACCUAAGAAGAUUGGCACAGUGUCACAGUCUGAAAUUGUAGUUGAUGUUGGAGUGCCGGUUUUGCUGCAGAAACCUGUUGCUUCUUUGGAGCUAAAGUGCGAGGCUCUGGGGGACCCUUGGCCAACUCUAACAUGGACAAAAAAUGAAAAAGUGUUGCGUUAUGAUGGAAGAGUUGGCCAAUUACCUUCAGGCUCACUGAAGAUCCAGGCUCCGGGGAAAGGGGACGAGGGGCUAUACACCUGUACAGCCAAAAAUGAUCUUGGAAGCACAUCUAUUUAUUCUUGGCUGCUGAUCACAAAUAAUGAAGUACAAAGCUGUGUCUACAGUAACAGUACUGGCCAUACUUGUUCAGAAAGGAUGAACAGCAGCCGGUCAGCUGAGCUGUGUCGUGGACAAGCCUGCCCCCUCAGCUUGAUUAGAUGGCAAGUGGAUGCUUGGUCACCCUGCUCAGCCACUUGUGGAAGUGGAUCUCAGGCCAGAAGGGUCCGGUGCAUGAGGGGUCCUGAGAGCAGUUCAAGAGAAGUAGAAAGCAGGCAGUGCCAAAGAGAAGGGAGGAAACCAUCUAAUACCAGGCUUUGCAACGUUCUGCCCUGUGCCAGAUGGACCACGACCUCUUGGGGGCCGUGUCAUGGACGGUGCGUGGGUCCCAGUUUGGCGACGCAUCACCGACAUGUUUACUGCCAGGACACAAAUGGUACCAAAGUUCCCUCCAAGGUGUGCCAUGGACUCAAGAGGCCAAGCUCCCUGAGGAACUGUUCUACAGACGUGUGCGCCCUUCAUUGGCAUGUAGGCCCGUGGACUCAGUGCACGGCCACCUGCGGUCAACAUGGCUUCCAGUCACGUCAGGUGACCUGCAAGCACCACCGAACCAACAAAACAACCCGAGAACACCAGUGCAUGUGGAGGCCUCGGCCUCCCAGCUGGCAGAGAUGCAAUAUUUUCCCUUGUGGCAGAGCAGCAGAGUGCAGAGACAGUACAAGAUACUGUGAGAAGGUUCGACAGCUGCAGCUUUGCCCGCUGCCUCGGUUUAAGAGUCGCUGCUGCUUCUCCUGCAAAAACACCUGA